CUUUGUCUCAUUGCACUCCAAGUUACAGCGAUUGAUGACAUAGAAAGCGAUGAAGAAGUUCAGCGAUACUUAUAUCAAGUUUAUGGUCUACAGGUCCAUUACGAUAGCACACCGGAAAGAGAUACAUUGGGCCAUGAUUACGGGCAAGGAGGAAUGCUUAUAGAAGGAAUCGGCCGUCGAUUUGCCCACCUUCUUCCAAACAGACGAUCGAUUUCUGCCAGAAGGACAGGACGAUCGCGAGAAGCGCCUUCGAGCGGGAUGGAUGGCUGGGUUGCUCGGUAUAGCGAAAUGCCCUUCUUCGAACCAGUAUUACUUUUCGGAUCACCCAGCCGUUAUGACGAAACCAAGGAAAUCAAAAACACGGUCUUAUUUGGAUAUAUGUCCAAGCACGAAUACCUCCAGCUAUCUGCCCUCAAAAAUGAUGGGACAACCCCCUCGCAUCAAGUCGAUCAGCCUGAACAAAGUGCUGUCACAUCAGCUCCCCACAAACGGCCCAAGGCCUUGCGGACUCAGCUGAGAAGAAUAAGUAGCUUGUUGCGACAAAAGAGUCGGGUCAAGAUAUUUCAACCCAAACAACACGACACGGUACCCCUGACUGAAGUGCUGGAUGUACUAGCUGAUGCCUCUGUAACUGAGCAGUCUUCUUCAAGCGGACGUGAGACGCCUCCGGAUUGGAUCAAGCAUCUUUACACCGAGGCUAGCAGAGUGAAUGACAAGAACGGCAAACAAGCCAAGUCCACUACAACUCUCAGUCCCGAACAUCAUCACCAGACCAUCAAUCGAAUAUCCGAUGUCCUAUUGGGGGAGUCAGAUGAGCAGACUUGUCCGGCUUGUCUAGAAGAUUUCCAGAGUCCGAGACCAGGUCCCAAUCAGCAGAUCUCCGUCGAUUCGUUGGAGCAGGUCCUUCUCAUCCAGACCUGUGGUCAUUACUUCCAUCAACAGCCUUCUGCUUGA